GGGAACUGCUGGAGUUCCUUGGUUGGUGUGUGAGUCUGAGUCCCGUUACCGUUUUACUCUGCAUGUGUCUUAUGUUACAGCAAUGCUGCCUGCACAUCAGUGGCCAGAGAGGGGAGAAGGGAGGAAAAGCCUGUUUACACAGACUGCAAACCGCCUGGGGAAUAAUGCAGGAAAGGAAGUGAGCCGGCUCUCUGUCUGACUGCUCUAACUUCCUGCUCUCUCUCACACACACACACUCUCGCACACACAUACUAGCUUGAGGGGGGGGGCGGGUGGAAGAGAGAAAGAAACAAGGGGAAAAAUCAGGAUCUCAUUACAACAGCACCAGAGCGUUUUAGAGGGCUGUCAGCAUGGAAAACCGAGGGAUUCUACGCGGCUCUCGUUAAAACGGCAAGAAGACGUUGGAGAGAAGCCCACCAGACCAGACGCUGGGGCACUGCUGUAUCCUGUCUGUCCUUCAGGGAUCUAAUGUCCUGUCUCCUGUUCCACAGUGUUGCCUUUUCUUCUUCUGAAGAAUCAGAGGUUAUUUAUUCUGUGAGGGCCUCAAAGUUAUGCAGAAUAUCUUCUAUGACUUUUGUUUCUGAUAGUGAUUCUCAUCCACUGGGCUUGUUCCUUUGUUUAUCUUCCUUAUGGAAAGUUGUUUCUGUUGAAGCAUCUUCUUUGUUUGAUCUGGCAUGGAGAGUGCAAUCACGCUGUGGCAAUUCCUGUUGCAGUUGCUUCUUGAUCAGAAACACGAACACCUGAUUUGUUGGACAUCCAAUGAUGGUGAAUUUAAGUUACUUAAGGCAGAAGAAGUUGCUAAGCUGUGGGGACUCAGAAAAAACAAAACUAACAUGAAUUAUGAUAAACUGAGCAGAGCUCUGAGAUACUAUUAUGACAAGAACAUUAUCAAGAAGGUGAUUGGUCAGAAGUUUGUGUACAAGUUUGUUUCAUUCCCGGAGAUCUUAAAGAUGGAUCCUCAUGCUGUGGAAAUCAGCAGGGAAAACCUUUUGCUGCAGGACAGCGACUGCAAGAUACCUCUGGAGAGCAGAGAACAGCAUAGGCAUGGUCUCCCAGUCUUGAAAGGCACAAGCCGCAAUGAAUAUAUUCACUCGGGGCUGUACUCAUCUUUCACCAUCAAUUCCUUACAAAAUCAGCCAGAAACUCUCAAGCAAAUUAAAACAGAGAAGCUGGAGGAGAAAUUGGAAGAGGCUACACCUCUGGAAGAAGUCCGGACUGUUAUUAGAUUUGUGACAAACAAAACAGACAAGCAAAUCAUGAGGCCCGUUGUGUCAUUGCCAUCUACAUCUGAAGCAGCAAAUGCUUCUGCAUUUUUAGCAUCCUCUGUCUCUGCAAAAAUAUCAUCCUUAAUGUUGCCCAACACAACUAGCAUUUCCUCAGCUUCGCCAUCUUCCUCCCGAUCACCAUCUCUGUCACCUAACUCACCCCUUCCCUCAGAACACAGAAACAUCUAUCUGGAGUCUACCUGCCAGGAUUCAGAUUCUCUUGAGCCACUGAACCUCUCUUCAGGAUCCAAAGCAAAAUCUCCUUCUCUGCCCCCAAAGGCUAAGAAACCCAAAGGCUUAGAGAUCUCCGCGCCUCCAAUGGUUCUUUCAAGUACUGACCUCGGCUCUAUUGCCCUCAAUAGCCCUGCGCUUCCUUCAGGAUCCUUGACUCCUGCUUUCUUCACUGCACAG